AAAAAAAAAAGUUUCCCUUUGAAGUUUAAACUUUGUGAGCAAUUUCUAUUUUUUUCAAAAUGUUGUGAUUUGAAGUGAAACGAAAAUGUGAAAAGUCUAUAUGAUCAACAGAUCAAUUACAUUUUCUCAAUCUGCAAAUCAUUCAUCGAAGUGAAAUUGAGAGAAUUGAAUUUUGGGUCGUAUCAUAUCACAUCAUUUCGACAUUUGAUCGAUCAUGUCCUUCUUAUUCUUCGACCCGUCAAGGCCCAAAACCCCGCAAGAGGUAGCCAGGGCGAUCAAGGACAGCCUCAUGGCUCUCGACGCCAAAACCGUUGCUGAAGUUAAAGCCCUUGAAAAGGCAAGAAAAGAUUUAUUACACCUUUGGUCCAUAUUGUUGAAGCAAAAAGUUGAUUCCACCUGUUGCUGUGUGGAGUACAUUGAGAAGCAUUUGGAGUUAUUUGACUUUCUUGUGGUUUGCUAUUAUAACAAGGAAAUUGCUUUAAAUUGUGGAAAUAUGUUGAGGGAGUGCUUCAAAUUUCCAACACUUGCACAGUAAGACAUUCGAGCUUUAUGUCCAUUUCGUUCAUAUGACUGAAGUACUUAAUGAUGUUGCUAAAGUGAUGCUAUGGUUGAAAACAUUGUCAUUGCUUCUUCCUAAAUGAUGAUUGUAUAAGAUUUCAGAAGAGGAAAUAUAAUUCUUUCAGUACAUAAGUUCUCUAAAUUUUUUAUUAUAUUCUAUAUCAUCUAAUUUGUGGCAAGCUUUGCA